AUCUCUAUUUCUUUUCUAGUUUUCAGAUGGUUCCAAUGAAUCCAGAAUUGAUGCAUUAUCCAAAUCAACCACAUAUGAUGCCAGGCUAUCCAAUGAUAAAUGCAUAUCAACAGUCAUAUUUACAGAAUCCGGCACAAUGGACCCCAGAAAUGCUUCUGUGUAUGCAAAUGCAAAUGCAGCAAAUGGUUCCAGGAACAGCAACAAACUCAACCUACAUGCCACCACAAUCUAAAAAUACAGUCACUCCAAAUGCCACAUCACCGCUGAGCCAGAUUUCGGACAGAGAUUCGGGAAAUGACACAAUCUCUCCACCACUCACUUCACAGAACAGCGCAACCACUCCAAACUACCAUAAUCAGCCACAAAUGCAAUUGACUCCACUUCAACAAGCAAAACCAGAAAAAGAAGAAAUCUCACCAUAUGCAAUUAAUAAUAUUCUUUCUUCGACUCAAAGUUCUCCAGACAACGGAAAUGAAGCCGAUGAUAAAGAGAACAGUUCUGUUCGUCGUAACACAUUCCCAGCGUCAUCUGCUUCAACAAAAAAGCCACGUGGUACUCCAUAUGACCGUACUAACACACCAAUGACAGUAGUUCCACAAAUGCCACAGUUUGCUCCAGACUUUUCAAACUAUAAUCUCACAAUGAAUGCUUGGAGUGAGUUCUUUAAAAAGGAUAGAUGUAUGGUUUGUGGUGAUAACUCUACUGGAUAUCAUUAUGGAGUACAGAGUUGUGAAGGAUGCAAGGGAUUUUUCAGAAGAAGUGUUCACAAGAAUAUCGCAUAUGUUUGUACCAAAGGAGAAAAUUGCACAUUCUCAUAUGAAAAUUGUGCGGCAAAUCGUGGAGUACGUACUCGUUGUCAAGCUUGUCGAUUUGCCAAAUGCCUCGCAGUUGGAAUGAAUCGUGACAACGUUCGAGUGAACAAAGAAACUGAUAAAGAUGUUAAACCAUCAGUGGCUUCGCCCAAUUUUGAGAUGACAUCACAAGUGAAAGAGCUUACGGCCGCCUUUGUUGCAAACAUGCCAUGCUCUACUCACUUAACAUCGGGAACUCAUGCUAUUGGAGCAAUUAAGAAAUUUAUUGAAUCAGUUCCAGCUUUGAGCUCACUUUUGCCAAAAGAUGAAAAAGCACUUGAAAUGAGUAUUCAAAAAGUGAUGAGUGGUAUCUUGGCUAUUCGUGCGGCUUUCACAUUUGAUCCAAUCACUUUCUAUUCCUGUGAGAAUCCAGUAAAUUUGCUUCGUGGCGGCAUUCGUAAUACAGUAUUCAAUGAUUGUGAAGUUGCACUUCUCUCUGGAAUUCAUAUACUUCAAAUAGUCAAUGGAGGUGUCGCUGAGAUUUUUACGAGUUAUUGUCAAGGAUUACGCCAUCAACUGUCUCAAACACAUCUACAAGAGAUAGGACUCUGCGAUCGAUUGCUCAUGAGAUUGGGACCGUAUCUCAAUCAAUAACAAAUAUAUUACUUCUGAUAAAUUCAGAACCGAUUCGGUGUCUGGACACGCUUCCAACCGGUUCUGAAUUCUCACAAAACUUUAUUCCUGUCUUAUGAAUCAAUAUAGAUUCAAAAUACUUGUUUAAAGUCCCCUUCCCCCGUUACUAUCAUUUUCUAUUCAUGUUCUCAAAGUCUGAUCAUUUCUUACUGAUCUCUUCCUCCAGGUGUGAAUUUAAUUCUCUAUCUCACUCUCUCGUUCGGGCUAUAUACUGUUUCUUUUUGAAUUUCCAAUUGAUGUUGUUUGUUAGGCUGUUACAGUACCAAAAAUUAUAUUAUUUGAAGUUUGUUAAAAACUUAAUAUAUUUGGUACUGCUUCUUGGUUGUUGAAAAGAUGAAAUAAAUAUUAUUUGAUAAUUU